AAAGCAAUAUUGCACUUUAUUUUAAAUCACUUUGAACCACAUAAUCCGUCACUAUUACACAACAAGUGGGAGGUUAAAAUGAUAGAUGGAAAGCUGAGUUUGAGUCUGACUUGUGACAAACUCCUGAUUAAUCAGCAGCUCGCUUGCUGCCAGUCUUAUAGUGGCAUACCUCAGCAUGGUAAGAAUGUCCUCAUUUACAGCAACAAGCAGACGCAACAAAAGCCCCUGGUGCUAACAGGUCACCACGAUGACAUCACUGCCAUGACCUUUGGGAAAAAAAGCAGCCCCAUUAUCCUUUGUUCUGCCUCUUCUGAUUAUAUUAUCAUCUGGGACAUUGAAGCAUGUCAGAAAAGAAGACAAGAGGGUAAACUUGCUGCUGGAACAGUGAUCGGGACUUUACUGGGGAAGGUUGUACAUCUCUCAUUCUGUUUCUCUGAUGAACGAGUGGCUGCAUGCUCAGGAACAACCCUGCAUGUUCUCAGUUCAAAGAGACAGGAAGUGAUUCACACAUUAAAGGGUCACCUUGGACCUUUAACAUCUGCAGAGUUCUGUCCCUGGAACACUAAUAUUUUAGUCAGCACCUCAGAGGAUCGAACUUUUAAGGUUUGGGAUUUAAAAACUGGAGGUGUUUUUUAUCAAUCCUUUGUACUCUCAGGAUCUCCCCUACUUAGCGUUUUAUUCUUGGAGAGGGAACAGCACCUUAUCACCGGCUCAACUGAUGGACAGGUGUGGUGCUUUUCUUUUAAUGAUGACGUUAAAUGCCACCUUGUGAAAAAAAUGGACCUUCAGAAGAUGGAGAAAAGACAUGGAGAGCGCCAGGAGACUGUAAGCCAUCAAGGAGGUGUGGAAAUCUCAAAGCCUGUCAUCACAAUGGCUUCAUGUGAACAAUUUCCAGGAAUCCAUUUCAGCCAAGAAAUAAAUAACAGCUGGUUUUGUAUUGGAAGCUCAAAUGGUCUUUAUGUGGUGGAGCUGGCUACUUCCGAACUCCUAACGGUGCUGUAUUUCAAAGAUAACCCCACCCUGAAUAUCAACAUGGUGGGUUCAUGGUCAAUCCCUGCGGUUUCUGAGUCUAUGGUGGUUCUGGUGAGCUCUUUGUUCAAUCCACAUGCUGUCCUGAUAGACUUGUGUUUGAGUGACCUAAAGAAGACAGGAGUAGGUGAUGGAGGCUUUUCUGUCUUCCCAAGUUCUCCUCUACUGCUUGAAUCUCCUUUGAAUGCUGAGUUAAAAAGGAAGGAACCCAGCCACCCUAAAAAGAAAGGAGGUUUAAAGGAAAAGCCUCUAGUUUUUCACUCCAAAGUGAAGUCAUCUGGAUACACCACCAAGCAAAGAAUGACUAUGUUUUCACCACAAACUAAUACUCAGAAGAAAACACCCAUUAAAAAGUCAUAUAAACUUUUAGACUUCCUCCAGAGUAACUACCCAGAGGACAGUGCAGCCCCAACUGAACAACGCAUUGAACUUAACAUUGCAAACAAGCAGGCUUCAUGUCUUCAGUAUUCAGGUGAUGGAAAACAAAUCCUGUGUGGUCUUGGCGACCGGACAGUGUUACUGUACAAUUCCAGCCUCACUGGUAAUCCAACAGCUUUCAUAGGUCAUGACAAGCCGGUGAGCAGUGUGAGUUGGAGCCUCUGCAGACAGUGGUGGCUGAGUGCAGCAGAAGAUCUAUCACUGCGAAUCUGGACAAAGUCUAGCUCCGAGCCUGCUCUUAUCAUGGGUGACACCACGUUCUCUAAACCCAUUAGAGGUGCUCAGUUUUAUUACAUGGACAAAUUUCUACUCCUAACAUCCGGACCCUCUGUCUACAUGUACCUAUAUAACAUCGACAUCACACAUGAUGACAUUAAAAGAUAUAAGCAGCGGAGCGUCAUCAAAUUGGCAAGCUGCUUAACACCGUCAGCCUCGGACAUCACAGCCUUGUCUGCGGUCAAUGAAUUUCACUCAUAUAUUGUUUUAGUGUGUUGUUCAGAUCGGUCCAUUCAAGUUCUGGACAUGAACAAAGGUGCCGUUGGUUCUGUGCUGCCUGACUCCCACAGCAGAGCUAUCCACAGUAUCACACAAAAUAAGGGGUCCACAUUCACCUCACAGGCUCCAGAGUCAUACAACGUAUUCCUCACCAGUGCAAUUACAGAUGGUGUGAAGAUGUGGGACCUCCGUACAAUGAGGUGUGUGCGGCGCUAUGAGAACCAUGUAAAUCGCUGUCAUCCAUGCUCCUGUGCCAUCUCACCCUGCGGCCGGUUCAUCGCCUCUGGCUCUGAGGAUAACUGCGCCUAUGUGUAUGAUAUCCGUAGCAGCACCUACCUCCACAAACUCCAGAGACACUCAGACACUGUACUAAGUGUGGCUUUCAACCCUGCAACACCAGAGUUGUUAACAGGAACCCUGGACGGGAAGCUACGGCUCUACCAGUCCUGCAAAGCGUUCCAUUUGUCCCAUGACACCAGCACUGCUGUGCAUUGAAUUCGCUUUGAAGCUGUACGAAAGUCUUUCUCCAUGACCUCUCCGAACUCUUCCAACGCCCAAGUUUUUGCAUCAGCGACCAGCAGAGCCACCUACACAUCAGCUGCUUCUGGAGUCCCACAGUCCAUGACUAGCACAGAAGUCCAACAACAGAACGCCGCUCGAGUUCAGGUCAGGUGGGCCAUUCCUUCCAACCACACCUCCCCAGGUCUCACUGUCAUUGCCCACCUGUGUGUUGAAGGCCCCCAGAAGAACAAGGGAGUCCCCAGGAGGGGCCCCCACACAUAUGCGGAGCGAGGCCACCCUCUCGUUCACCGGGGUGAACCCCAACGUACAGGCACCAAGAUGAGGGGCAACAAGUAUGCCCACUCCUGCUCAGCGCACCUUACCAGGGGCAACUCCAGAGUGGAAGAAUGUCCAGCCUUUCUCAAGGAGACUGGUUCCAGAGCCAGAGCAAUGUGUCGAGGCGUUCUCUUUCAUACAUUAUCCAUCCAUUUUCCGUCAAGCUUAUCUCUGCUGGAGGCGCAAGGGGUGCUGGUGCCUAUCUCCACUUGUCUUCGGGCAAGAGGCAGGACCUCUGAUCUUCUGGCUCGGACUCCUGUGAACACCUAUGACACCGGAUUUGGCUUCGUCCUCUGGAUUGUCCUGCUUUCAUUCAUCUCCUUGGAUCUGAUCUCUUUCAAGCUCUGCAGUCUUCAAGGCUUCAGCAUUGAUAACUCUCUGGGCAGUGUUCACCGCGUGCUGUUCGCAGCCAUUCGGAUGGAAUCCACCUCUUCCUCUGGCAUGGACUGA